GAGCCCUCCCCGCUCCUCCUGCUGCGGAAGACGCGCGGGUGGACCUCCCUCCUUUCCCUUCCUGGGAAAAGAAAGGAAGGAGGGAGUCUCUAGCGGGAGACGCUGCGCAUCUGUUUGCGGAUGGGACAGCUGUCGUGAGCCGAGCCAGCCGAGGCGCGCGUCGCCUUCGUCUCCUCCCCUGUGGCGUGGGGCAUGACCCUCUUCCCCAGGCGCGUUUUUUGGAGAUGGGGUUCAAGGCUGCCAAAUUCAUUUGUUACUUCUUUUGGCCGCUUGCUAGCAUCCCUCUUGCCCAAGGUAAGGAGAUCCCGGUGGGAACGGGAUAAUGUUUUACCUUGCUCACGGCGUCGAUCCUCGGCGUCCGGCGCAAGGCUGUGCAUGCUUACUCGCGAGUAAACGAAUGCCUCUAGUGUUUGCGUGGCACGCCCAAGGCAGGGCGCAUCAAGUGGGGUCCACACUCUGUCCCUUGCGAGUCCUUUUGUUGUUGUUCUUUGCUCGUGCUUCUGUCUCCCUUGGAGCAGGUCGUGUGGCUCUCAAGAGUUUUGUUCUCUCUUCCGCUCAAUUGGGAUGCGGAGCGAGAGAGCGAAUUGUGUAUCCAUGCCAUUGCAUGUAGAUCCAAAAACUGGCCGCCGUUUAGCGUACUAUCUCUCUCGCACCCAUCUCUAUUAAUAACCCCAUUUUCAAUAUUUAGUAAAACAGUUCUAUCAAAUUCAUUUGAAAAUGAACGCCCACUUUUCCAUCUGCCGUUUUCUUCAAUGCCGGAGGGCGGGCGGGGUAGGUUGCCUCCCCUAUAUAGGUAGCAGCUGUAAAGACUGCAAACUUUCUCCCAAUCCUCAGUAUUAUUUUUAAACAAAGCUUUUAAUGCCGCUGUAAAGCUUUCCUGUUGUAAAUAUCUUCCAACUAUUGGAGGGGGAGAGUGUCGUUUCUGUGCCCCGUCCCGUCUCCCCCAGCCCCUCAGUUUACAGAAUCAUAGAAACUCCGCUUCGCUUUGCAAAUGUGCUAGCAGUUUUAUUACUGCACCACUACAGAAAGUUAUUUGCAUUCUCCAUCUGAUGCAAUUUGCUCCUGGUUUAAGGUCAUUGGUGGUUAAGUGUGUUUGAGAAAGUGUCACCUGAUAAGAUCCAGCUUGUGUAAUAACAUGUUUCAGUGUGAGCUAUGUUGCACAGAAAUUUCACACAUUGUAUUUGUUUUAAGGGCAUGAUCCGUUCGGAGAUAAACUCCAGUUCCAUUUAUUUAAGCGGAGCAGUUGUAACUGCAUGCUUAAUUCUGCCGGUGAAAGUUAAAAACUAAACUUUCAAUGCUUCAAUGGUGAUAUAAUAGGACUUCUGAGUAGACAUGAAUAGGAUUGUGCUGCCAGUGUUCUGAUGUUGGUAUGCCUGUUCAUUUUUGCAAAAGAUGAAAGGGGGGGGGAGAGAUGGGGUAGUACAAUGCCCAGUUCUAUUAAAUGUUUCAUGUAUCAGUUAACUUCCGAAUUCACUGUGUUUGUGGUCAGCCUAUGUGAUCAUUGUUCUCCUAAGCAGAAGAAUGAGUUCAAAUAUAACUUUGUCCUUAAAUGCAUCAUAUAUUUUUCAGUAGAAACCUUGGUUCAUGGUCCAGAUCUAUGUAUGAUUUUACAAUCACAUUUAUAAAAUAUAUUGCAGUGUCAAGAUCUGGCAUAGUAUUUUCCACUGUCUUAUAGCUCGUAGGAUUGAGUUCCACUGAGUUCAACAAGAUUUAAUGCCAGAUAAGUGUAUAUAAUGUGACUGUGGCCUUUGAGUGCAGUCUAGUGUAUAUUUACCCAGAUGCAAGCUCCACUGUGUUCAGCAAGCCUUGAUCCCUUAAGUAAUAGUGCCACUGUAUUCUGCUCUGGUCAGACCUCACCUGGAGUACUGUGUCCAGUUCUGGGCACCACAGUUCAAGAAGGACACUGACAAACUGGAACGUGCCCAGAGGAGGGCAACCAAAAUGGUCAAAGGCCUGGAAACAAUGCCUUAUGAGGAACGGCUAAGGAGCUGGGCAUGUUUAGCCUGGAGAAGAGGAGGUUAAGGGGUGAUAUGAUAGCCAUGUUCAAAUAUAUAAAAGGAUGUCACAUAGAGGAGGGAGAAAGGUUGUUUUCUGCUGCUCCAGAGAAGCGGACACGGAGCAAUGGAUCCAAACUACAAGAAAGAAGAUUCCACCUAAACAUUAGGAAGAACUUCCUGACAGUAAGAGCUGUUUGACAGUGGAAUUUGCUGCCAAGGAGUGUGGUGCAGUCUCCUUCUUUGGAGGUCUUUAAGCAGAGGCUUGACAACCAUAUGUCAGGAGUGCUCUGAUGGUGUUUCCUGCUUGGCAGGGGGUUGGACUCCAUGGCCCUUGUGGUCUCUUCCAACUCUAUGAUUCUAUGAUUCUAUGAUCCCAGCAAGUGUGCACAGGAUUGUAGAUUUUAGUUCCGAGUAAACACGCACAGGUUCUGGCAGCAAAGCCUGAUUUUAUUUUGUCUUACUUAGGUGAUACAUUUCACAACACUAUUAAUGUAAUGAGCUUCAAUUAACCUUUGCAUUUCUUUGCGGUUUAUCCAAAUUAGUUUUUCCCAAUCAAGCAUCAUUGUUGGACACAUUUAGUGUUUAUGUUGUGGGAUAUUUGGAUGUCAUCUUGGAGCCAGGAGCUGCUUUUGCACGAGUAGCUGUUAAUUAACAUUUGCUCCUAAAUGCACUUCUUUAGGCUCCCUUGAAGUCCAUGGGGCUUCUUUCGAAACAAAAGUCUCAAGGAGAAUAAUAUAUCCAAGGGCAUGAAUAUGAAAUGAGAAUGGAUUAGUAGUCACAGAUGGGUUCUAUUACACAACUUGAAACUGGCAUCACUUGUGUUGGAAAUUCUGCGCUGCGGUUUUUCUUUUUUAAAAUAUACAUCAAAUUUUAUGCUAUUGCUGUUUUCUUAUUUGUCACCCUGGCCUUUUGGGGGAGGAAGUUCAGGAUAGAAAUUUAAUGAAUAAAAACAUUAUUGUAUCAGUGGCAAUUAUAAUACUAUUUAGAAGUUUGUAUUGCGUUUUGUUUUCAGCUCUGAGGCUUGUCACAAGUAGUAGUUGCAACAAAAUGUUACAGUAUGAAGUACUACUUCUCUGGAUUCCAACCACUCAAAAUCCCAUCUCCAGUUUCCCGCCCCUCCCCUCCUGUCCUACUAAGCAUGCUCAGACCUCAUUACACUGCUGAGGUGUUUUCCUCCCUGCCCCCCUCCCCUAAAGAUGCCUUGUGUUUUUGCAAACCUUGGGGUUUCCCAGGCCUGCUGACAUCUCCCUCCUGCACAUGGAUUGUACUGUUUUGGCUAUAUAAGCAACGACACUCAGGGUCUGAGUCUGAUUUAGAAGGAAAUAGUUUCAAACUUAGAAAACAGAUAUAGGUUCUAAAGCUAUGCAUAUGUUUUCGUCAACUGCUGUGCUGCUAAUGAAAUAUUUGCAUGGGUAACACUGUCAUUUUAAAGUGGGGUCUUAAAUCAAAAUGAUCGGACAACAGCAAAGGUUGCUGGGUUUAUCGAGGGUGCAAUGAGAUUAAGGGCCACUAUCUGAACGAUAAUCUUGGCCAUUUGAUUGCCCUUUUUACCCAUUGCUGUCUUUUUUAUUUGUAUAUAUUUUAUUUGUUUAUAUUGCUUGUUUUAUGUUGCUAUGGCCAUUGGCUAAUGCGAAUAAAGUUUAUCUUAUCUUAUCAUCAAAGUGGGGUCUUCACUCUAAAACAGAAUGAAGAGCUCUUUUUAGAAGCACUUCUGCAAUAUUAUGUUGUGAAUCUUAAUAUUUUAGGUGUCGAAUGUAAGCCUGGUUGUCAUCCUGUAAAUGGAUAUUGUGAAGUUUCAAGUGAAUGCAGGUAAAUUAAGAUUUUUAUGCCCAAGCGAGAGAGCGCUUGUUUCAGUUAAUCAUGCUUUUGAACUCUGUUCUGUUUUCAACUAACAGGAGCAUAUUUGUGUGCAAAAUGUAAUUCAGUAACCAAUGCUUUAAUUAAUAACCGUGCCAUCAUUUCACCCACCCCUGAUUUAUAUUUAUUACGGCCUAUGCAACACUUAAAAAGCAGACCAAUGCAAAUUAUGAGGUACAAGGUUACCCAGCACAAUGAAACAACAGUAAUUGUUUAAUUAGCUAAUUUAUUAUCUUUGCAUAACACUUCACACAUUCAGAGGCACCCGAAAGUGUUUUACAAUUAUGCAAUGCAAAAUAUGAAAUGCAUUAAAAAAAUAAUCAAUUAAACAAUCCAGAUACGAAGCACUAAAAGUGUUUGUCCCCAGAAAAAAGUUCUCUAAAGCAUCACAGGAUAUCCUGAAGAACUCUGCUGGAUCUGCAUCCGGUUCUCACAGUGAUCAACAGAUGCCACAAUGGGAAGCCCACAAACAGAAGCCGAGAGCAGCCUAGGAUUCGCAGCGACUGUUCUUCCGAGGCAUAUUGUCUCCAUAAAGGAUGAACGCCAAUAGCCAUUGAUAGUAACAGUCCUAAAAAAAAACUUUCUUUGCAGAGAAAAGAAAAAGCAUGUUAUUUUAAAUUGGGUCUCUAUGUGUGGUGCUCAGAUGCGAGACACAAAUGAUUUUGAAAUCCCAUUAUCUCCAAGCAUACGUGUUUCGAAACUUGUCCCCUCUUGUAAUAAUAAUAAUAAUAAUAAUAAAAUUUUAUUUAUACCCCGCCCUUCCCGGUUCAGAAAACCGGGCUCAGGGUGGCUAACAACAAAUUUAAAACACUUAAUUGAUGCAACAAAAAACAGCAUAAAAUAAGUAUAAAAUGUGAAUAACAAUAAAUUCAGAAUGCAAAAAUCAUUUUAGGGGGGAAAUCCAUCCAAUAAACAUUAGAUGAUCACCAGAGCUAGCUGGCUAAAUUAGUCCUAUUUGGGCCAGUGAGGAAACCAGGGGAGAAUUAGCUGUGGGAUCCCGGAGAGGGUAAUAAAAAGGGGAGGGGGAGGGAAGGAAGGGGAAUAAAAGGCUAAGUUCAGAUUGAAUGCCAGGUGGAAUAGCUCUGUCUUACAGGCCCUGCAGAAGUAAGUUAAAUCCUGCAGGGCUCUGGUCUCAUAGGACAGAGCAUUCCACCAGGUCGGAGCCAUCACUGAGAAGGCCCUGGCCCUGGUGGAGGAUAAUCUGACUUCCUUAGGGCCCAGGACCUCUAAACUAUGAUUAUUCAUGGACCUUAAGUUCCUCUGCAGGGCAUACCAGGAGAGGUAGUCCCAUAAAUACAUGUAGGUGUGCAUGUAGCUGCACUAUGUGUAUAGGAUUCCAUUAAAGGAAUAGCCCAUGAUCGGUAAAAUCAAGCCAUCUUAUUUUUGGAAUCUUAUCUGUUACACUUUCCAAACUCUUAACUGUAUUUGCAAAGGAGGUCUUAUCCCGGCUUGAUAUCUUAGAAUUAAGAGUUAGAAGGGACCACGAGGAUCAUCAAGUCCAGGCAUAGACAAACUUGGCCCUCCAGCUGUUUUGGGACCACAGCUCCCAUCAUCCCUGACCACUGGUCCUGUUAAUUAGGGAUGAUGGGAGUUGUAGUCUCAAAACAUCCGGAGGGCCGAGUUUGCCUAUGCCUGAUGUCCAACCCCCUGCAAUGCAGGAAUAUGCAGCUGUCCCAUAUGAGGAUCAAACCUGCAACCUUGGGCGGUAUCAGCACCAUGCUCUAGCCAGCUGAGCUAUCCAGGCUUGUUUGACUGUCUUUUCUUUAGGUGUCAGCCUGGUUGGCAGGGCCCUCUCUGUGACCAGUGCAUCCCUUUCCCUGGCUGCCUGCACGGGACCUGUGCCAAGCCGUGGCAAUGCAUGUGCGAAGAAGGAUGGAUCGGCAGCCUCUGUGACACAGGUUUGCAAACCUCUUUUGCUUCCUCUGCCCAAGAUCCAGAUGGAUCCAUCCAUACGGUUACAGCACCACCUGGUGUUACAGAUAGACAGUUACUUUAAUAGCAUUCUCUCUCUCUCAUUUUUGCAAUGAAGGCACCUUGGAGUUGCAGCUAUUCAGAUGAGCAGAUCCUUAGGGUUGCCUUGUGUCCUCUUUGUCCAGGACACGUCCUCUUUUUCAGGGGUAAAAUUUGUGUAUGGGUGGAUUUUUUCAAUUUGCCAAAAGGUCUCUGGCCAUAAUUUCUGGAUGAGACAUAGACAUAACUGGUGGCUGAAGACUUGCUUUCCUCUUCUCUUCUCCUGCCCCCCUCAGCAAUAUAUCACAGCUCCUAUAGCCCACAUAUAGCAGGGGUAUUUAAAAGAAAGUCUUCAUAGCAUCCUCUUUUCUGCUCUUCAGAAUAUGGCAACCCUCCAAGUUCUACUUAAGGCCAAACUAUAUGUCAAAUGGGAAAACUGGUAUAUAGUUUUAAUCUUAGAAGUACCAACGUCCUCCUGACACUGGGAGAGAACUAAAGCAGGAAAUUUAAGGUUAUUAAAAUUUCUCAUUGCUUCUCAAAAAGCUGAAAAUCCCACAGUGUGUCCAUUUCAGAACAGAUGCAAACAGAUGUAAGUGGUCUCAGUAAUGGGGGUGCAUCCACAUCUGCCCACUGACUUCGUCACGUCUUUCUUCAUUCACCUGAUGCAUGUGCCUGUGAAUAACAUAAUUAAGUUGGGAAUAACAUACCGGUAACUAAGGGGAAGGUUUUCACAUGUAUCUUUAGUGACCACACCCGCUCUGUUGGAUGGCAGGAUCCAGAAUGAAUUGAGAUUGAAAAUGGCAUGUUGAGGAUGACCAUGAAGAAUUCCAGAUUGAGGGAAAACUGCUUGUUUUGUGCUACAAACAGAUUUGUGUGCAUGCACCCCAAGAUUCAUAUGUUCAUAAACAUACAGUGCAAUUAUAUACUUGUCUGCUUGGGUAUAAGUCCCAUUGAGUGGGAUUCACUCCCAGGUAAAUGGGUAUAGGAUUGCAGUAAUCCUACAAAAAUAACGUUCAUUUUUUUUAAUUGAUUUUUUUUUGUAUUAUUAAUAUAGAUGUUCAUCCCUGCUCUUCAAAACCUUGUACAAAUAACUCAACCACUUGUAUUGAAACUGGCGAUGGAGGAUAUAUUUGUUUGUGUGCUCAAGGAUAUAUCGGGGAAAACUGCCGUGUGAAAAAGGGCCCUUGUAUAGUGAACGGGUAAAUAUGGAUAAAAACUUGUGAAUGUCUUACUGCUGUCUUUUAUUAGGCUGACACCUACAUGCAUUUGCAUACAGGCAGUGUCGGAUUUACGUAUAAGCUAAACAAGCUAUAGAUUAGGGCCCUACUCUCUUGGGAGCCCCCCCCCAAAAAAAAUUUAAAGAAACAAAAAAAACUGGAUGUACAUUUCCAAAAUAUAAGAUAAAAAAACAAAUAAAAUAAAACUACAUACAGCAACAGUGUUUUGUGCUGUGUAGGCUCCUAUGAUGUAAGUCAUGGGCCCCACCUGCUAGCCUGCUCCCUAAAAUAUCACUGCUUUGCUCAUUACUAUAUAGUGUAUAGGGUGCCUACAUUCUGCAUGUGCAAAUGGCUUUAGAUACCUAUUAGGUUCAUAAUUUACUAUAUAGCAUAUAUUCAACACAAUAAACAGUGACAAUUUGUUGUUGACAAUGGACAGCUGGACAUAUAAAGGGCCCCAUUACCUUCAGUAGCUUAGGGCCUCAUCAAACCUAAAUCCGGUCCUGCAUACAGGGGAGGAGUCCCCAACCUUCCAGGGCACACUUGGAAACUGUCAUGGGCACCACAAAGUGCCCAUUUCUCAGAAGAGAAACUGACAAUGCCCAGACCACCACCUUGCAAGCAGGCAAACACACCGCAAAACAAGCAGAGCAACAGUCCCCACCAAAAGAAAAAAGUGCCGAAAUGCUCUCAGAUAAAGAAGGAUUAGGAGUGUGUGUUGUUGCCCACAUGCACCAUGUUGAGGAGUCCAGGCACAGGGCAUCAUCGUGUCAGCCAGGUUUGUUCAUUCACAUGCCUCUACCAUUCACCCAUCAAGCAGGUAGCAUCUAAUUCCUGCAACAAGAGGAGCAUGUGAGUGAAGGAGGGCAAAGUUACCUUCCCUCCCCACUGUCCGUCUCUCUUAGGACAUGUCUCCCCAACUCAGCUCAUUCCUGGCUUUGGAGAUAUAAUAAUAAUGAUUUCUUACACCCUGCCCAUCUGACUGGGUUGACCCUGCCACUCUGGGUGGCUUCCAACAAAAAUACAGGAAACAACAUCAAACAUUAAAAGCUUCCCUUUACAGGGUUGCAUUCAGAUGCCUUCUAAAAGUCAAGUAGUUGUUUAUUUCCUUGACAUCUGAUGGGAUGGUGUUCCACAGGGUGGGUGCCACUACCAAGAAGGCCCUCUGCCUGGUUCCCUGUAAUUUCACUCCUUGUAAUCAAGGAACCUCCAGAAGGCCCUCAGAGCUGGACCUCAGUGUCCACGCUGAAUGAUGGGGGUGGAGAUGCUCCUUCAGGUAACAGGUAUAUAUAAAUGGGGGCAGAGCUAUUUCAUUCUACAGGAGGGAAAAUACAAUUUCUGGUUUUUUCAUGGACUUCCCCUUCUGCCUUUGUUGUUUUGAACUCCAGUUCUCCCUGCCAGAAUGGAGGGACCUGCGUGGACAACAACGGAUUUGCUCCUCACGCCUCCUGCCUGUGCCUUCCUGGCUUCACUGGAAUUUUUUGUGAAAUAGAUACGGACGACUGCGAGUCGAACCCCUGUGAAAAUGGAGGGACGUGCACCGAUAUUGGGAGGGGCUUCCGCUGCAUCUGCCCCUCUGGUUAUGGAGGUGUGUUGUGCAGCAGUCCCAUCACGAUCUGCACGAGCGGCCCAUGCAAAAAUGGUGGGACGUGUCGCCAACGCCCUGGCGGGAGCUUUGAAUGCAUUUGCAAACCACCCUUUGCAGGGGUCACCUGUGCUUCUUCCAGCAGAAACACAAGCGUCGGUGCAGAGGCUAAACACAGGCCGAAUCACCACCCGCACCCGAAAGCUCACCACAAACCUGUUCACCCCCAAGAGCCAGACGUCUUGACCAUAAAAGAGACGAUUGAAAACAGGCAGCAGCUUCUCAGUAAGAGUCAGGUGAUCUGCUUCCUGGCCCUUGGCCUGCUGACGUGUCUUGUUGUGUUGGGUACAACCGGGAUCAUCUUCUUCUCCAGAUUUGAAAUGUGGCUAGCAAAUGCCAGGUACAGUCACCUGGUACGCAAGGAGAGGGAUUGCUUCCUCAAGGCCAACGAAGGCGAGAACCUUUCGGUGAAUAUCAUCUUCCCAGAGAAGAUCAAACUGACUAAUGAAUAAGGACAAAAGAUAUGGUCGUCUGGGCUGUGCCCAAAGCCUUAUAUUUUGCAAUGUGUGCUCUUGACGUUUCAAGUGGUUGGCUUUACAUUUUCUUUCCUUUUUUCCUGGCUUUGGGACUGGUUGACAGACAAGAAAUUGACUGUGUUUUUGUCACCUAAAGAAGUUUCCCAUUCCCAUUAUAGUAUGAUUUCCCACCUACAUGCGCACACAGAAUCAUAUGUGGUGAACCCAUGAAUCUUUAUUUCCUUUAAAAAUAAACAAAAGGCAGGUGAUACUUUGUGGAAAAUAAGAGAACUGAUGUUAUUGUACUGUGUAUAGCAUGUCUGGCCAUCGUGCUACUUCUAAAUCAUUUUCCAGUGCUUAUUUUCUAAUAAAGGAUAUUUAAGGGCUAUAUUGAUUUAUCUGUUUUCAAGGGUCUUUGCUGUGCUUCAUUGACACUGAUGCAGGCUUUUAACUUUGAUCUGGUUCAGACUGGUGCUCUCUUUCAGGAGCAGAGAAUUUCAGAUGCUGGGGUCAAACAGGAUCCCCAGGCCUCUCUUAGAGCCUUGGGGCUCUUCCAGGCCAUAUUUCAGGGACCCUGAGGAUCAUCUAGUCCAACCCCCUGCAAUGCAGGAAUAUUCAGCAGUCCCAUACAGGAAUCCAACCUGCAACUUUGGCAUUAACAGCGCCACACUCUAACCAACAGAGCUUGGAAUUGUAGUCCCAACAAAAACUGGAAGGUGCUAUGGCUACGCCUAGUCCAGGCGCAUGGAAGAGAAAUACCACUUUGAGUUUGGCACGAAGGCAUGCAAAAACCCACCUGCCAUUUUUAAGUUGUUUUAUUUGGAAGAAUGUUUAAUCAGACAGGAAGGGGAAAGGUCCACAAAAGAACAUCGUGCUUCGUGUCUAUCCUGUUGCAGUCACUUAACAGGUUUCUUCAUGCAUAAUGUAGCAGCACUGAUGGUCUGACGGAUGUCAGGGAACAAGGGCUGUUGGUUGGCGGCCAUCCAUCUUUUAAGGACUCUUGACGCACACAUGGGCUCUGACUGACAGGUAGCUCUUACACAGCCACGUCGGUCCAGGAAGGGAGCGUAACACAUUUUUGAAGUGAGGAGAUGGGCCGUUGCAGUUAGCUACUGCUGCUGAAGAUCUCCCCCUGCUUCCCAAAUAGGUGGAACCCCUUACUCUGUUUGUGUAUUGAAAGGGGGACAUGACCUCCCUGCCUGGGCAGGAUGGAGGACCAAAACAGACAGGUUGCCACAAGGUGGGACUGCAUUAGAAGUUUGUUGCUUUGUCAUUCGGAGAAAAGAUGAGUGAGAAGAGGGCAGAUUAAAGGUAAAGGUACCCCGGACCAUGAGGUCCAGUCACGGACGACUCUGGGGUUGCGGCAGUCAUCUCGCUCUAUAGGCCGAGGGAGCUGGCGUUUGUCUGCAGACAGCUUCCAGGUCAUGUGGCCAGCAUGACCAAGCCGUGAACCAGAGCAGCGCAUGGAAAUGCCGUUUACCUUCCCACUGGAGCGGUACCUAUUUAUCUACUUGCACUUGACGUGCUUUCGAACUGCUAGGGGGGCAGGAGCAGGGACCGAACAACGAGAGCUCUCCCCGUCACGGGGAUUCGAACCACCGACCUUCUGAUCGGCAAGUCCUAGGCUCUGUGGUUUAGACCACAGCACCACCCGCGUCCCUGAGGGCAGAUUAGAUGUGUAUAAAAUUAUUCAUGGUGCAGAGACUGCCGGUCAUGGGGGACUUAAAAUUAAAAUUUUAACAUGCCAGCCCUGGCAAACCUGGAAGGCAAAGCUGGUGAGAAGACCUGGGGAAGACUGGCUUCACUCAGGUGUGCUGACAAUCCAUUCAAGCUGACUGCACUCGGAAGCAUCAGCAUAGUUUGCCAUCAGACGCCUCACCUGCCCUCUUCAUUUUUUGGCACUACCUGAAGUUAAGUGGGCAGUGCCUGUGCAUGACCUUGCUAUGAAACUAAUCAAUAGUUGUAUUUGGGGCCCGGGAGGAAUUUGUCCAUAGACCAAUUGGGCUGGGCGGGUGGUUGGCUCAUGGAAGUGGUUUGGUGCAGGUAUACCAAAGAAGGAAGUUAAAAAUACCAGAGUGAUCAGUCCUAGUGUUUUACCAUAAGAAAGCAUAAGCUAACAGUAAACGAGCCUGCUGGGCCUCGCUGCCAUUGCAGGCACAGGACAAACACUGCAACAAUAAGAGGUCACCAUGGCUCGUCCUCCCCCAAGCAAAUGUUGAUAUAGCCAUCAUGCACAAAGCAGAAAAUGUCAGUUUGCCCAGAACCUCACCUGGCCAGUGAGGCCAUAGGUGGCAGCCAUCCAAAGCUUCUCCCUUCUCUGAGCCUAAAGCCCAGCAUCCCAAGUUCCACAGAUAAGUGUAGCAUCAAAGCAAGCCAAUUAGCACAUAUCAAAGCAAGGAAACAUAUCAAAGCAAGGAAAUUAUCUGGGGGGUUAUCUUGACUACAAAGAUGGUUCUUGAAGGCCUUCCAGAACAUUUCACUUGGAUUCAACAAAAGGGCAUUUUACCUGCCUCAUAGCAACUGUCACACCUUGCUGGAGGAAAAAGGCUCUGGGUUGGAUCCUUAGUCUAAACUAGGGUGAUGGGAGCAAGUCCUACCUUCCCUUUCAGGAUUAAGUAUUGUGGUACCCCAGGAAAGGGGUCCAGGGGAAGGUUUCUCUCUGAAUACCCAGAUGGGGGCGAACGGGCCACAGAACUCCCCAAACGGCAUCCUGGAGGGAUCGCUCCAUUUGAUGUGCAUCUGGGAUUGACCUUGAUGUAGUAAUCAGCCAGCAAACAGGCUGGUUGAUUCAGGAUGCAUGCCCAGUGCCUAAGCCAAAACCUACUUACAUCUGUAAUCAAUAAAGUUGUGGCCAUUUUGAUCCCAAGAUGUUGUCAUGUUGUUUUUCUGCUUCAUGAGCCCUAAGCCCUCAUCAGAAAAUCUGGAGAAAGAACAGUUCAAAAAGUGGUUUUAGAGGCAGAAAAAAAUUCUCUUAGGAAUCUUUAAGUACCAUGUAUCUCUGGAUUUAACCUUCCCCCUCCCCA